AGUUCGUUGCUAGUUGCAACCUAGCUCCCAUAACGCAAACAAACAGUUAUUUCUUAUCCUCCAUAUUCAUCCCCACGAAUAAUCACACCAAAAGACUCUGAUCAUAUCCAUGAGUGCAUCCCAGAAAACCAUCAAAGACCAAACAUUAUCAGGUCUUGGAAACCUACUGAGGCUCCUCCCGACGGGGACAGUCUUCACGUACCAGUUCCUCAGCCCUGCCUUAUCCAACCAUGGCAACUGCGACACCUUCAAGUACAAGUUCCCCACCUCCAUCCUCGUUGGUCUCUGCGGUCUGGCAUGCUUCUUUUCUACUUUCACCGACAGUUAUGUCGGAGAUGACAAGAAAACCCACUAUGGGAUCGCAACGUUGAAGGGUCUUUGGCCCUCGCCAGAGUCCAAGAACGUCGACUUGUCAGCCUAUAAGCUUCGGUUUUCCGACUUCGUUCAUGCCUUCUUUGCGGCGUUUGUGUUUGGAGUCGUCGUGCUUUUGGAUCAAAAUACUGUGGAUUGCUUCUAUCCGUUGUCGGCUUCCACUCAGACAACUUUGCUCAAGGUGUUGCCUCCUGCUGUUGGUGCGGCGUCGAGUGUGGUUUUCAUGGCUUUUCCUAACAAGCGCCAUGGAAUCGGAUACCCUAAAAGUAGUACUGAGUCUUCGAAGGAUUCCAAGUCUAGUACUAGUACUACUACUGGUACCACUACUGCAGCAGUAUCCUCAACGACAGAAGUCUAAAUAAUUAAGUUCGAGCGAGUUUGGUUUUCUUUUACCUUGUUUCCUUGUUUUCGUGUGCCUAUAAUUUCCACGUUUAUAAGGUUUGAUGGAUUCGAACUUUGUUGCAUGGCGUCAGGCCAAUUGUAACAGCUUGUACGUGAAUCUUCACAGGAUUUUCAUGAUCAGUUCGCUUGUACGUGGCCUUUUGCGGAGAAAUAAUAUCCUAGAGAUCAAAUUAAACCCUUUUUAAUUCUUGUGGUUUGCGCAUGGAGAAAUACCCUUGAGAAAAACCCAAGGAAAUUUGUGUGUGGUUAUAAUAUUGUAUUAAUUCAGCUAGCUUCUUCUUUUUCUUACGUUGUUGUCUAACGUCAUUCAUGUAGCUAGUUAGUUUCCCUCUUUCUAAGGUUAGACAUAUGCCUGCAUGUUUGCUGGCGUCAAGUUGUAACUUGUAAUUAGUUUGUCUCUACGUUGAAUUCAUGGUGAAAAUACAGAUAUACAUGCAUGCACGUAUGGUGCAGAUCCAAAUUAAUAUGAGAUAUGAUCAUUUAUUGUCUCCAAAAUUAUUCAGAAUAAGUUAUUUUCUUUUAAAUCAUGAUAUAUUUAUGUACAUUCUUCCAUUGUUAGUAAAUAUUUGGUUUCAAAUUUAGAAGUGAUUCUAAAUUUGAUUUUGACCAAAUUUUGAAUUUGAAGGAUCGAUGAUGGUGUUACCAAUCAUGAAAUGAGAAAUAUUAUAAGAUGGGUAAGACUCUCCAACAAUCACCUAUGUAUUGUGACCGCUUGUC